AUGGCCUCCUACAUGAGGCAACAUGAACAGCAGCAGAAGCAGCAGCAGCAACGACAAAAUCAAGUUUCAGGGCCAGGAAGUGCCACAUCUUUCGCCAGCCGCUCCAUUUUCCAGUCCAACGACACCUCCUCAGCAGCCUCGGGUGCCUCCCUCCUCAACCCUUGGGUCGCUCCCCGCUCAAACACCAGCGCCCUCCCCCGAUCCUCUCAGAGUGUCGUCGACAACAACAUGGACGGUCUUGGCCUCUCUUCCUGGUCCUCCCCGACCGUCCAGGAUUUACUCACCAACCGGCAACACCUGGGCUACGAAAGGCCUGCGGAUGUUAAAUACCGACUGCGACCCGUCAUUGGGCGCACCGUGGAGUUACAAAACGGCGUUGACGUCGCGCGGGGCCUCGCCAUACUCAACAUGAAGUGUUCGCUCAACCGCGUGCGUGCUGAUCAGACGAAGCAGCGGUUUCAUGAGCGAGGCGGGCUCAAGAGGAAGAGGCUGAGGAGAGAGAGGUGGCGAGCAAGGUUUAAGGAGGGGUUUAAGGCAACAUGUUCGCGAGUGAGGGUUCUGGCCAAGCAGGGCUGGUAG